AUGGAAGCUGUAGACACAACACCCCCUCCCAAAUUUCGUAAAGCAAUUUAUCUUUCAGCCAUUGUAGCAGCAGUGGGUGGAUUCGUAUGUGGUUACGACACUGGCGCUAUUAGCGGCAUUCUUGCUAUGCCUCAAUUCGUGGACAAUUUUUUCACAGAGGAUAACCUUGCUUACCUUCAAGGAUUAUUGCUUGCUUUAUACUUGAUGACUGCAACGUUAGGUUCUUUUUCCUCUGGAUACUUGUGUGAUCGUUUCAGCAGAAAAUACUCUAUCAUUGCUGCUUCCGUUAUUUUUGGGACUGGCUGUUUACUGCAGAUCAUUGGUGUCAAAUAUGGUGUUGUGCUAGCUGGUAGACUUAUUGGUGGAUUUGGCUCAGGUCUUAUGGGUAAUGCUAUCCCAUUGUACCAUUCAGAAAUCGCUCCUCCUGAUAUUCGUGGACGUCUUAUCAGUUUCUUUACUCUCAUGUCUUCCUUUGGUCAAGUGUGUGGAUACUUUGUUACAUUUGGUACCAGCUAUGUGCAUACAAAUUGGUCAUGGCGUGGACCAUGGCUUCUUCAUCUUAUUGUCUGCUUUUUGUUUGCUGGUAUCAUCUUUACAUUACCUUUCUCUCCUCGUUGGCUUAUUGAUAAAGAAAGAUUCGAAGAAGCCAAGGCUGUUCUCAGUGAACUUCAUCAGGUUCCCACCAACAAUGUCGUGGUGCUUCACGAAUAUGACGAAAUCGUUAGCGAAAUUGAAUUUGAACGCUCUCUUGGCAAGCGUACUUAUAUGGAAUUGUUCCAAGGCACCAACCGCAAGCGUACUUUCCUUUCCUUCUUUAUCAGUAUAUCUACCUCCUUCACAGGUAGUGUUGCCAUUUGGUACUAUGCUCCUCAGAUUAUUCAAGGUGCUGGUUUAAAUGAUGCUUCCGCGUCUAUCGCUGCCACAGGCGGUACUGGCAUAUUCUCGUUCUUGUGCGCUUUCAUUUGUCUUCAAUUCUGCAUUGAUAAGAUGGGUAGAAAGCCUGUGUUUUUGGUAGGUGCAGCGAUUAUGGGUAUCAGUAUGUUCAUUGUCGGCGCUAUGUUCCAGGUUUACACCAUUGUCGAUGUAGAAACGUCUUCUGUCACGAUCUUGAACGCGAAUGCCCGUAAUACCAUUAUUGCCUUUUUGUAUAUCUUUGUGGGUGCUUUCCAAUUUAGUUGGGGAACAGCGUCUUAUGUAUACCCUGCUGAAGUCUUCAAUAUGCGUACUCGUGCUAAAGGCCUUGCGAUGACUUAUGGCCUCAAUUGGGCCUUUACCAUUCUGAUCACUUACUGCGCACCUCUCUUUAUUGCGCAUACUGUUUCCGGUGUCUACUUCUUUUUUGGAGCCUGCUGCUGUGUGUGCUUCUUUGGCUGUUGCUUUAUUCCCGAAACCAAAGGCAGAACUCUGGAAGAAAUGGAAGUUGUGUUUAGUAAAUAA